GUGUGUCUGGAUAUGCGAGGAAUGUUAACUCAAUGAAGAUUACAAGACACUUUAGAAACAAUCUGAAGAAACGAGCGUCUCUGCUUCCUUUAGUUUGCGCUGUGCUUGAUUUGGUGUGAAAGCGUGUUUAAGUAUGCACUAGAAGUCAUGUUACUGUAGGGCUCUCGGUGUGCAGGAGAAGAUUCACAGCUCUUAAGAACAAGUAGCCAACACCAGUUUCCCAAUGGCUGAAAACAACUUUCCUCCUCUGCCUGGCUUUAUUCCUCUGAAGCCGUGCUUCCACCAGGACUUUGAGGAGAUUCCUGACCAGCACCGCACCAUGUGCAAGAGACUCUACCAUCUGUGGAUCUUGUACGGAGUGACGCUGCUGGUGAAUUUCUUGGGCUGUAUGGCGUGGAUGUUUGGAGGAGGAGGAGUGACUAACUUUGGCAUGUCCAUCAUCUGGGUUAUUCUCUUCACCCCCUGCUCUUACGUGUGCUGGUUCAGACCCAUUUACAACGCCUUCAAGACCGACAGCUCAUUCUACUUCAUGGCGUUCUUCUUUGUCUUCAUGGCACAACUUUUCAUCGCUAUAAUUCAGGCCAUUGGAAUACCAGGAUGGGGGGUUUGCGGCUGGUUGGGCACCAUCUCCUUCUUUGGCACGAGUAUCUUUGCCUCCAUCAUCAUGUUAAUCCCCACCCUCAUGUUCACCGCAGUCGCUGCCAUCUCAUUCGUGGCGCUCACGAAGGUUCAUAACUUCUAUCGCGGCAGCGGCGGUAGCGUGAGUAAAGCGCAGGAGGAGUGGGUCUCCGGCGCCUGGAAGAACCCUCAUGUGCAGCAGGCGGCUCUGAACGCAGCGAUGCAGGGGCCGCAGACGCCGCCAUACUCCUCUCCCUCUUACGAUAACACCGUGUAAAACACAGCCCAGCCAGCAGGCAUCAGAGCAUACAGGCCCAGAAACACCAGGUGGAACCAACCAAGUAAUGCUUGGGGUUUUUCGUUUUUUUAAUGUAAAUGUUUGUUUUUUUCUUCUAUGUUUUGCGUCUAUUUUGGCCUAUUUGUGACCCUGGAGCACUGGAGUCUUAAGUCGCUGGGGUAUAUUUGUAGCAAUAGCCA